AUGACAAUCAAUCUUCCGUUGUACGAAGGAACCGCUGCACCUAGCACCAAAAUUGACUUUCACAACACACACGAUGGAACCUUCUUGGUAGCAUCACUGCGCCGCCGACCUGACAUCGACCUUGAACGGAUGUCUGCCGGUGACCACCCUCUGCCUGUUGCACAGAAUGAGCGGCAUUAUAACUGUUGUUUGUCACCGAUUGCAACGCAACCGCUUGUGUUCAUGUCUUUUUAUAAUGGCCAAUUCUCUGGUGCCUGUAACUUUGGUGCCGAAAUUGCCGAAGUUGCCGAAGUUGCCUUUUAUGUUAAAGAGUAUACCAUUCGAAGAGGAGUUGAUUAUAGGGUAUAUGAAUCAGAACCAACAACAUUCUAUGCUAAAUGUGUACAGUAUGGAAUAAGUUGUGAUUGGCUUAUCAGAGUUAGUCUUAUGAAAAGACAGUAUUGUUGGGUGAUAAGGAGGUACAAUGGUAGUCACACGUGCACCAGAAGUACCAUAUCUCAGGAUCAUGCUAAACUGGACUCUGAAACAAUUGCAGAAGCAAUAAAGCCAUUAGUUGAGGCUGACCCGUCCAUAAAGGUAAAAUCUGUCAUUGCUGAAGUACAAUCGAAGUUCAACUACACGAUAAGUUAUCGCAAAGCAUGGUUGGCCAAGCAAAAGGCAGUGGAAAAAAUAUUUGGUGGGUGGGAAUCUUCAUAUGAAGCUUUGCCCACAUGGUUUGAAGCAAUGGUUGCAAAAGAACCAUCAGCAGCUAUUGAGUACGAAACUACAUAUGUCUAUCGAGGGGAUGAGCAAGAUGGCAAUGGAAAUAUCGUGCCGCUUGCAUUUGCCAUAGUCGAAGGUGAGACUGCCGAUGCCUGGCACUUUUUUCUUAGCCAUUUGCGAACACAUGUAGUUAAUCGGGAUGGUGUUGCCCUUAUCUCUGAUCGACACGAGUCAAUCAUCUCAGCUGUGGGUCGUAGUAAUGGAGCAUGGGAAUAUCCGAGAGCUAUUCAUAUGUUUUGCAUCCGACAUAUAGCAUCCAACUUUUUGAGGAGUUUCAAGGCACCACACCUGCAGAGGCUAAUUGUCAACAUUGGCUAUUCUAGAACAAUGCGUGAAUUUGAUAUGCGUUACCAGAGAUUAUGUGAGCGGGGGGAGGCUUACAAGCAGUGGCUAAAUGCAUUGUUCACAAGGAAGAGAGCUGAGGCUGAGGCUCGUAUAAGUGCAGGACAACUAUUCUCUGAAUAUGCAACUCAGAAAAUUCUGUCAAAUCAGCGCUCAGCGGGAAACAUUCAAGUUAACCUAUUUGAUAGGCAGAACGAGGUAUUUGAAGUGCGCGAGAUGCCAAGUGGGUUGGAGUUUGCAGUAAACUUGCGCCUUCAGCAUUGUGAUUGUGGUGAGUUUCAGGUGGAUCGAAUUCCAUGUCGCCAUGUAUUUGCCUGCUGUGCAAACCAGCGCCUGGAUUGGAAACAGUAUGUGCACGAGGUUUAUACGAUGGGCGUUGUAGGCUUUGUGGCGGUGAGGGUCAUAGUCGAAGCAGAUGCCCGCGCCGUGGUGAAACCAGUGCUAGUGGAUCGGCUCCAAACUCGUAGUCUGUGA